AUGAUUACUAGAAGUAGAACGGGUCUAUACCUCAGUUAUAGGGAUAGCGCAUUACAUAACUUCACACAAGAAGAAGACCAUAGAUUGUUAGACGAUGAAGUCGUCAUAGAUUUAGAUAAAUUACCUCCGCAAUGGGUCGAUAUCACAGAGAAGAUAAAUAGCAUAUUACAAUCUACUCGUAACAAGAUAUUAAGCUUGGAUAAGCUACAUCAGAAGAGGUUGUUGCCUACAUUCAGUGAUAGAUCGCAGGAGGAGCAUGAAAUAGACACACACACAGAAGAUAUAACUAACGAUUUUAGAAGCUGUCACUCUUUAAUGUCAAAUAUUCAAAUAAAGGGUACAAUCGAUCAGGUUAGAAUCUCGAAGAAUAUACAAAGAGCGCAAGCCACUAAAAUACAAGAAUUAUCUGGUUUAUUUAGAAAGAAACAAAGAAUCUAUCUAGAGAAAUUGAAAGGUCAUACUAUCAAGGACGCAGAUAUCCUAGCUGCAUCUGGUAAAACACACGAUAAUAUUCAAUCUUUACAAGAUGACGAACAGCUUUCUCAAAUGCAAUUAAAUUCCACGCAAUUACAACUACAAGAUGAUGCUCAGUUAAAUAAGCGCGAUCUAGAGAUAAACAAUAUCGCGAAAUCUAUAGCACAGUUAGCAGAAUUAUUUAGGGAUUUAAACACUCUAGUCAUUGAUCAAGGUACUAUGCUAGAUAGAAUUGAUUUCAAUGCCCAAGGUACGAAAACUCAAGUCGAUAGCGCAGUCAAGGAGCUUAAUCAAGCGACAAAAUACCAAAGAUCGUCCGGUAAAUUGAAAUGUAUUUUCUUGUUAAUCUUACUCAUACUUCUAAUAAUUGUACUCAUAAUAUAUAAACCACAUAUGCAUUAAAUUGCUAAUUACCAAGUUCUUUACCGUCUUCAUCUUCAUCUCCCGCGUCACCAUCACCGCUUUCAGAGGCAAAUUCGUCUUCUUGUGCUUGUAAUUUACUUUCAUCUCUGGCUGCUACACUAUCGAUCGCCGCGCUGGUCAAUGGUACAUGUCUUCGGUUUUGAAGAUCGGCAUUACCACGCUUGCGAGGUGGAUGUUUUAUUCUCUUUCUUGCAACCAUGACUGGUACACUCGAUUUCUGUACAAGGUAGUGAGAGGUGGAUCCGAGCAAUAUACCCGUUAUAUCUGAUCUUCCUCUGCUACCAACGAUAGCUAAAGUUGGUUCAAUGAAAUCUAUCAUAUCAAUCAACAUAUGUCUACUAUUCUUCGCAUGUACUGCUUGACAAGUGACAAUGACGUGUAAUUUAGUCCUUUGUAACAACGAAAUUGCAUGCUUAGUUAGGUAUUGGCUGAAGGCAGCUCUUUCUCUUUGAGAUUUAGUUUUAUCUGCCUUUUUACCAUCUCUACCGUCUAAUUUGGUGUCUGUUUCCUGUACUGUUGCUAUAAAUAACUCAUCACCAUCCCUUAAAACGGUACCAAUUGCCCAUUCAACUGCGUAUUUGGAUUCGUGCGAUAAGUCGCUCGCCAAAAUGUAUCUCUUUCUUCGUCUAUUAUUAGUAAUGAGUGCUUGAUCUGGAUCGCCCUGUCUAAUUGUAAUAGUACACCUAUUCUUCUCAAACUUCGGACCGGUUAGGUUCAAAUCUAGGUUAUUACUACGUUUAUGUGGAGUAUCAUGUAAUGGUUUUGUUAUAUUAGGACCUUCAUCAAGUAAAUGCUGGUCAUCAGCAGGUGGAAGAUAAAGAGGUUUAUCAAUUAUAAACUGAGCGUUGGCUUCUGUAUUGUAGUAUAAUUCUUCAUCGUAAUUGAAUAAGUCCUCGUCGUCAGAAUCUACUUGACUGUUAUCAAAUAGGUCCUCAUCACUAACCUCAUCAUCCGCAUCAUCAAAAGCGUUAUUUUUGGGCCGGAAUGAAGACUCUGGUGCAGAUUCAGUUUCUGAUGCUGAUGUACCAUCCCUCAAUGGCUCUAAAGGUGGACUUGAACUUCUGUCAUUAUCAUUUUUUGAACUUGAUGGUCUACGUGAAGCACGAGUGAAUUUUAAACGGCGUAAAGAUGAUAAACGCCUUUUACGUUCUGCUGGAUGCCUAUGCUUUACUAUCUCAACCUCAGAUUCGUUAUCAUCACUUUCAUCAGACGAUGAUGAUGAUACUCUAGAUGUAUCUCUAUAAUUAUCUGUCAUAUUACCGUGUUUUACGCCUUCAAUCUCAUCAACCAUCG